AAACAAUCUGUGUCUAGUCGUCGAUCCUUACAGAGAUAAGAUUGUAAGCUACUUAAUAGUACAAGAAAUAACAUGGCGACAGUAUACUUGUGUGGUAUGAUAUUUGGUGUUUGGUUGAUCAGCGAGGAGUGCCAAGGGCUUCUUCUGGACGACGUAAACACAGAGCACCAACAACUCCAGCAACUCAGAAGUGCAAUUGACAGAAUUGGAAGUACAUACAUACGCUGGGGAAGAAGCGGAUGCCCUGCAGUGAAUGGCACCAGUCUUGUUUACUCGGGUCUUGCAGCAGGGGCUCAUUUUAAUACAGUCGGAGGUGGCGUAAAUUACUUGUGUUUACCUCACGAUCCUAGCUCAUUUUUAUCCGCGAGCGAAAUCCAGCCUCAACAACCUUAUCAUCAAGGGUCUGUUUACGGGGCUGAGUACCAGUUCACUUACAGGAAUGUCGCCCAGGAUGACGAUGUUCCUUGUGCCGUCUGCUACGUCCCAGCCGCCAUUUUAAUGAUUCCCGCCAAAAUUACAUGUCCGCCGAGUUGGACUCUUCAAUACAGCGGUUUUCUGACCACGAAUAGUGACGAUUUUAAUUCUGCUUCAGAUUACGUCUGCCUGGAUGACAACCCUCAGUACAUUGAAGGGUCGAGAGAUAACCGCGAUGGCAAGCUGUUCUAUCCUGUCCACGCGAGGUGUGGUGCUCUCCCAUGCCCUCCUUAUGUCGACAAUGCAUAUCUAAGAUGCAGUGUCUGUUCUAGAUAAACUUUGAAAAUCUUUUUUUAUUUCAAAUCAUUCAUUAAAGACUGAAUUUUUUCAGAACUGCUCCAAACCUAAGGUAUUUUUAUACCCACUAAGUAGUGUUUUUGCGUGCAAUGCAAUACAAUACAAUCAAAACACACAAAAAAAAAACCAGUUUCAGUUACUGUUUUUGUCAUAAUAAUUCUUUUUAAGUAACUGGUCGCUGUACACAAACAAUCAAAAUUAAAUAUUCAAACAAUUAGCGGGUAGUGUAAUUUUUUCUACUAUCAAAGUGUGCAUUUUAUUAUUUAUAUUUAAAUCUUACUUGUAAUAUUUUAUUGAAUUAAUCAUAAAGAGUAGGUAAAAAUAACUUAAUUAUUGUUAAUGUUCAUCUGUACGUCAGAUAAAAGAAACAGACAAGUCUUCAUACAAAGGAAUAUGAGUCUGAAAUCAUCAUGAUAAUUUCUUGCAGUCGGUGACUUUUCUUAGGUUGAUGAAAGUUUCAACCAAUCGAUAAACUGGCUGGUUAAAACUGGAUUGUGUAGAUUUCAGCCCUGUCAAUUUCGAUAUCAAUGUGAACUACAAUCGGGUUGCAUAAGAAAUGCAGGAGAAAUUACUGGUACUUUAAGGUGAAUGCAAAAUUGAACACUUUCAAAUAUCAUGACAACCUUUGAUUAUAUCAGAUAAAUUCUUUCUCUUCUG